CGUAGUGGGUAAAAGCCAUCUCUUCUUAGGCUAGAACAAGAUCAUGUCGGCUAACAGCAGCAACAUCUCCGUCAGCAAGGACGACGCCAGCGAAGGCAACGUUACCAUCGCGUCCUCGGAAGAAGUUGCCGACGAAGAGGACAACGUGGUGGACGAGUAUCUACGCCAAGUGUUGAGCCUGGACCCAGAGGCGAUGGAGCAGUUGUCCGUCUUGGACCAGGAGGGAACCCGAGCUCCAUCCAACAGCGUCACCAGCGUGGAAGCGCGGACGCCCGAAGAUCCCGCUGCGUUGGUUCCAUCGCUGCACUGCAGCGUCGAUGCCAACACCGUGUGGGCCAAGGGCCGGUCAGAGCCGACUCUAGCGGAAGCCGACCACAAGGGCACCGAUGACAGCUUUUCGGAGGUGGCGAGCAACGAGUGACGGCGUUUCAACCUGGGGUUUUGCUACGCUCGAAGACCCCAGUUGAUACCAUAUUGACCGCUGAGGUCUACACCUGCCGCAUCUGUCUGUUGCUCGACAGUUAACACGAACAUACUAGAAUGCUGCACCCAGUCCCACCAUUAGACUCAGCUUGGCCUUGAACAAACGACUUGUAGUUUCCUCGUUCACGAGGUUUGAGAAUGGACAAAGCGGGAGCUUUACGUUAGUACUUCUCCCAAUUUCGUUCAAAGCCUCCUGUAAGUGGACUAUAGCUACGUCAACGUUCGAAAUUAUAUUGCACGCUGCCACCUGAUAAUGUUGUGUGCACAGCUUUCUGUGGAAGACAUGAAGAUUGUGGGCAUAACGACCAUGUAGAUCAGAUCUAUAGACAAUGAAAAUAUGGAUUUUACGAGUACCGCUGUAGACACAAUGGGGGCACCAAAAGGGAUUAUAACUAUCUUUCUCCAUUGAGGACGUGUCUUACGUAGAUAAUGAGGGUUGCCCAUUCUCGUUGUACGAAAUUUGCCGUAGAGUUCGAUUGUGCAGUCUGACGGGCUAACGAACUAUAUACGCGUGUAAUGCGAAAGUCAGAACCAUUUCUGCCAUGCCUUUGCAUAGGCGAGCUGUGCAUGAGAGGCUGGUUCUCUGUCUCUCUGUUUGCAUUCUGUUCUAAAACGUCCAAUGAAUCUGCUUCAACAAACGCAAUGAGGCUGGCUCAUGUUAGUAAAGACUGGCUCAAGCCUUCCUCUCAUUAGUAGGACAGCAUAUCCAUAUU